AUGCAGCAUUUUGCGGCCAAGUACUGCCGUGAUAAUCCUGGAAGGUUCUCUGACGAGGACUGUGUGUACGUUCUGGCCUACUCUGUCAUGAUGCUGCAGACUUCUCUUCACAAGCCGUCCAUCAAAGAGAAGGACCGGAUGACAAAGGCUCAGUUCAUCAGCAACAAUCGCGGCAUUGACGGGGGGAAGGACCUGCCACAGGAAUAUUUAGAGGCGCUCUAUGACAUUGCCGCUUGGCACAUCCUGCACCCUGCAGGCCCUGUCGGAUUUUACCUCCAAUUUGGGAGCUUCGAGUCCAAAUCACAAGAUGUCUGUCAAGAUUUCUUGAUAGAGUCCCCCUGA